AUGACGCAAGAGCUUGAAGAGCUUCGAUCACGCUACACUGAGUUAUUGACAGAAUCCUCAGAUCUUCGAGGCCAACUGAGGCAACUUCAAGCCGUCCGAGAUGACGACAAUUCAAAACGACAGGAUCUAAUGAAGCUCCAUUCAUUGGCGAGCGAACGGCUUGAGGCGCAACUGAAAGAAAGGCAAGACAUAUCGGCACGAAUUAGCGGGGAACUGCAGAAAGAAAAAGGGCAAGUGACUCAAUUGCAGCGGACUGCUAGUGAACUUCAGAUGGAUCGGGAAGAAAUCGUAGCGCAAUUGAAGUCGGCUCAUAGCCGCAUCGCGCAGUACGAAAGCCGGAUAACUGCCAUGGCGGGUGCCAAAGAAAUGGCGGAAGAGGAAAAUGAGGCAUUGCUGCAGAGACGACGUGUUUUAGAGAGUGAAUUUGAAGCAGCAGCAGAACGUUCGAUGCAACUUGAGAUUGCUGUGAAGAACUUGGAGAUCGAGAAGGACCAGCUGUUGGUGAAGAUUAAGGAAACAGAGAAGAAAAUGGAUUGUCUGACAGAAGUGAACACGGAGCUUACCGCAGAGAAAGAGCAACUAUUGCUUGACUUAAAGCAAACCACAGAAAGUUUGGAGGAACUUAAUGCUGCGAAGAAGAAGGUCGAGAUUGAGAAAGAUCAGCUCUCGCAAAAGGUCAAAGAGGAAAAGCUAGAGGCUAAGGUCGAGAUUGAGAAAGAUCAGCUCUUGCAAAAGGUCAAAGAGGCAGAGGAAAAGCUAGACGUUGCUACGAAAGCGAAUGCCGAAUAUGAAACAGAAAAGCAGCAGCUGACUCUUCAACUGGAAGCAGCUACAGAAAGUUUGGAAGAACUUAAUGCUGCGAAGAAGAAGGUCGAGAUUGAGAAAGAUCAGCUCUUGCAAAUGGUCAAAGAGACAGAGGAAAAGCUAGACGCCGCUACGAAAGCAAAUGCAGAAUAUGAAACAAGAAAGCAGGAGCUGACUCUUCAACUGGAAGCAGCUACAGAAUGCUUGGAAGAACUUGAUGCUGCGAAGAAGAAGGUCGAGAUUGAGAAAGAUCAGCUCUUGCAAAAGGUCAAAGAGGCAGAGGAAAAGCUAGACGUUGCUACGAAAGCGAAUGCCGAAUAUGAAACAGAAAAGCAGCAGCUGACUCUUCAACUGGAAGCAGCUACAGAAUGUUUGGAAGAACUUGAUGCUGUGAAGAAGAAGGUCGAGAUUGAGAAAGAGCAGUUGUUAGAAACAACGAGAAAAUCGAAUCAAGAGGCCGCCUUGUACUCAGCAGAGGCAGACGAGAGAGUCAUGGCUUCAACAAACGCAAAUACGGACCUCUUGAAAGAGAAGGAGCAGCUGCUGGUACGAUUGAACGCAGCUACAGAAAGUUUGAAAGAACUUAAUGCUGCGAAGAAGAAGGUCGAGAUUGAGAAAGAUCAGCUCUUGCAAAAGGUCAAAGAGACAGAGGAAAAGCUAGACGCUGCUACGAAAGCAAAUGCAGAAUAUGAAACAGAAAAGCAGGAGCUGACUCUUCAACUGGAAGCAGCUACAGAAUGUUUGGAAGAACUUGAUGCUGCGAAGAAGAAGGUCGAGAUUGAGAAAGAUCAGCUCUUGCAAAAGGUCAAAGAGACAGAGGAACAGCUAGACGCUGUUACGAAAGCAAAUGCAGAAUAUGAAACAGAAAAGCAGCAGCUGACUCUUCAACUGGAAGCAGCUACAGAAUGUUUGGAAGAACUUGAUGCUGCGAGGAAGAAGGUCGAGAUUGAGAAAGAGCAGUUGUUAGAAACAGCGAGAAAAUCGAAUCAAGAAGCGGUCUUGUUUUCAGUCAAGACAGACGAGAGGGAGUUGGCUUUAGCACAAACGAAUACGAAGCUUACAGAAGAGAAUGAGCAGCUGCUAUUACGAUUGAACGCAGCUACACAAGGUUUGGAAGAGCUCCUCGAGGCAAAGAAGAAGACGGAGACAGCGAGCGGAGAGUUGAUGGAGAGGGUCGUAGAGGCAGAGAAAAGGAUAGAGAGUCUGACAAAAUCGCGUGCUACGCUGUUGACGGAGAAGGACCAGUUAGUGUCCGAUAUGAAGGAAGCUAUCGAGUGCUUCGAAGAGGUUGAGGCUGCAAGAAGAACCGUGGAAAUUGAGAAAGAUCAGCUCUUGCAGAAAGUCAAAGAGACAGAGGAACAGCUAGACGCUGUUACGAAAGCAAAUGCAGAAUAUGAAACAGAAAAGCAACAGCUGACUCUUCAACUGGAAGCAGCUACAGAAUGUUUGGAAGAACUUGAUGCUGCGAAGAAGAAGGUCGAGAUUGAGAAAGAUCAGCUCUUACAAAAGGUCAAAGAGACAGAGGAAAAGCUAGACGCUGCUACGAAAGCAAAUGCAGAAUAUGAAACAGAAAAGCAGGAGCUGACUCUUCAACUGGAAGCAGUUACAGAAUGUUUGGAAGAACUUGAUGCUGCGAAGAAGAAGGUCGAGAUUGAGAAAGAUCAGCUCUUGCAAAAGGUCAAAGAGGCAGAGGAAAAGCUAGACGUUGCUACGCAAGCGAAUGGCGAAUAUGAAACAGAAAAGCAGCAGCUGACUCUUCAACUGGAAGCAGCUACAGAAUGUUUGGAAGAACUUGCGAAGAGGAAGGUCGAGAUUGAGAAAGAGCAGUUGUUAGAAGCAGCGAGAAAAUCGAAUCAAGAGGCCGCCUUGUACUCAGCAGAGGCAGACGAGAGAGUCAUGGCUUCAACAAACGCAAAUACGGACCUCUUGAAAGAGAAGGAGCAGCUGCUGGUACGAUUGAACGCAGCUACAGAAAGUUUGGAGGAACUUAAUGCUGCGAAGAAGAAGGUCGAGAUUGAGAAAGAUCAGCUCUUGCAAAAGGUCAAAGAGACAGAGGAAAAGCUAGACGCUGUUACGAAAGCAAAUGCAGAAUAUGAAACAGAAAAGCAGGAGCUGACUCUUCAACUGGAAGCAGCUACAGAAAGUUUGGAGGAACUUAAUGCUGCGAAGAAGAAGGUCGAGAUUGAGAAAGAUCAGCUCUUGCAAAAGGUCAAAGAGACAGAGGAAAAGCUAGACGCUGUUACGAAAGCAAAUGCAGAAUAUGAAACAGAAAAGCAGGAGCUGACUCUUCAACUGGAAGCAGCUACAGAAUGUUUGGAAGAACUUGAUGCUGCGAAGAAGAAGGUCGAGAUUGAGAAAGAUCAGCUCUUGCAAAAGGUCAAAGAGACAGAGGAAAAGCUAGACGCUGUUACGAAAGCAAAUGCAGAAUAUGAAACAGAAAAGCAGGAGCUGACUCUUCAACUGGAAGCAGCUACAGAAUGUUUGGAAGAACUUGAUGCUGCGAAGAAGAAGGUCGAGAUUGAGAAAGAUCAGCUCUUGCAAAAGGUCAAAGAGACAGAGGAACAGCUAGACGCUGUUACGAAAGCAAAUGCAAAAUAUGAAACAGAAAAGCAGCAGCUGACUCUUCAACUGGAAGCAGCUACACAAGGUUUGGAAGAGCUCAUCGAGGCAAAGAAGAAGACGGAGACAGCGAGCGGAGAGUUGAUGGAGAGGGUCGUAGAGGCAGAGAAAAGGAUAGAGAGUCUGACAAAAUCGCGUGCUACGCUGUUGACGGAGAAGGAUCAGUUAGUGUCCGAUAUGAAGGAAGCUAUCGAGUGCUUCGAAGAGGUUGAGGCUGCAAGAAGAACCGUGGAAAUUGAGAAAGAUCAGCUCUUGCAGAAAGUCAAAGAGACAGAGGAACAGCUAGACGCUGUUACGAAAGCAAAUGCAGAAUAUGAAACAGAAAAGCAACAGCUGACUCUUCAACUGGAAGCAGCUACAGAAUGUUUGGAAGAACUUGAUGCUACGAAGAAAAAGGUCGAGAUUGAGAAAGAGCAGUUGAUGGAGGGACUUAAAGAGACAGAUGUUCGGGUGGCGAGUCUGACGUCAGGGAGUGACAAGCUUGCGGAAGAGAGAAAAGAAUUGCUCUCACAUAUCAAAACGACAGAAGAACUGAUUGAAAAACAGAAGAAGGAGGUGGAAGCUACUCGAAUGGAAAUGGAAACACGGACAGGCGAACUGCAACGACUCUUGGAAGAAAAAGAGCGGGAAUGCCUUGAAGAACGAGAGCGAUUUGAAAGAAUUCAGUUGGAGCUCAUCGAGGCUGGAAAGAUGCAGGAGACAACUUCAAAUGAAGUACUUCAAUACAAGUCUCAGAUCGAGACCACCGAAAAGGAAACAUCUGUCAUGAUUUCUCAAGCUGUUGCGACCGCUGAUGAGCUCAAGCAAGACAUCGAACAGCUGAGAAUUGAGAUUGCGAUGCGCGAGGAAGAGCUGAAGACAGAGAAGAAGUUAUCCGUGAAAGGAAAACUAGAACUGGAUAAACUCUGUGUUGAAUUGGAGCAGGCUAAAGACGCCAAUGCAGCGGAAUUGAAGCGUCUUCAUCAUGGCCUUAUAGUCCGAGAACAAGCGAUGGAAAAUCUGGAAUCGGAAAAGAAACGAUUAGAGGAACAAGCCAACCAAAUGGAAGAACUUCUGAAACAAAGCGACCAGGAGAAGAGCGCUCUGCAGGAAGAGCUCCGAUUGGAAAAAGUCAAAUGCACCACGCUGGAGAGUGGAAUAGAAGAUCUGAGGAAGGAAUUGGAGGAGGAAAAGGAAUCGCUGGCUGAAGCGAUUUUGCGUAGCGAGGAACUGGAAGAACGAACGAAGAAGCUGGAAAGCGAACUGAAGGAAAGAAACUAUCGACUAGACAAAAUAGCUGCAGAAAGCAAGGCGGCUAGGCAUGAGACAGCUUUGAAGGAAGGAGAAUUAAUUGCGAAUUCUGGAAUGCUCCAAGCGAAAACUUCCCGCAUGGAAGAGCUCGAACGAGAAGUGGAGGAGUUGGAGAAUGCGCUUGAAGAAAUGCGUGACCGGUGUGAAGAACUCGAAGAUGAUCUUGACAACAAGGUUCAAGAGUGCACGCAACGAGAGGAAGAAAUCCAAAAACUUCAAGGUGAUGUGGUGACGCUCGAAAUCAAUCUAUCGGAUCUAAAACUGGAGAAAAAGAAUCUGGAAGACGAACUGGAGGAAAUAGAGUGCGAUGCAGAGUCAUUGCGGACUGAAGUGGCGUUGUUGAAGACAGAAUCAAAUCAAUUGAAUGCAAGUUACAUGGAAGAGAAGAAAACCAUGACAGAGAAGGUUGAAGCUGCAGAGUGCGAAAUUGAGGAACUGAAGCGAAAUCACGACAAGUUGUGCGCGGAGUUGAAUGAAACGAUUGAAGGCUACGAACUCAGAUUGAAAGAGAAACAAGAUGAAAUAGACAAGGCGGACAAUCAGGCAGAAAGAACAAAAGAGGAAGAUCAUGAAGCAGUUCUCAUUCUCCAAAAAGAAAUUGAGAGGAUGGAAUCAGAUUUGGUGAAGGUCAAAGAGUUCCAGGCAGAUGCGAUGAAGUCGAUUCAGAUGUUGAACAGCAAUUCUGAAGUGGAAGAAGACAUUGAUGAGGAGUCUGGUGAUUUGGAGACAAUCAGAAAUGCACUAGAAGCAACUUGUUUAAGAGUUGAAAAAGAAAGAAAUGAAGCACAAUGUUUGAAGACAGAAAUUCUGACAUUGCAGCAGAAUCUUGAGAAUGAGAUAAACAUGAACAAGAAAAAUGGCGAAAAAAUCGAUAGACUAGAAGAAGAAAUAAAAAGAGCAAAUAAGACAUCAAAAAGAGGAAGCCUUUCUGAAAUAGAACUUCUUGGGAAUCCAGAUUGGGAAAAAGCGAGUUGUCAGGUUGGAGCGUUAGAACAGUCCGAAAAACCAGCUGGUGAUGAGCGUCGAGCAAAUUCGGAGUUGAUUGGAAAAGAAAUCUUGACAGCCUCAUCAUUGGAACAGCAGAGUGCAGAAGCAUUGACGUGUGGAAUAUCAAGUCAUCAAAUGAAUGAUUUGGAUUUCUGUCUAACUACUCAACAAGAGAAUGAAAAUAACGGCACUCCAAAAAUGACUGUUGAGCUGAGAGUUCCUGUAAUGUUGACUGUUGGUCUCACUUUGAUAGGCGUCAAGAUCGCAGCAAUAAAAGGAAUCGGGGCUAGGGAACUUGCCGAAGAAAGUAUCAGGGUUCUACAGGAACGGAUACAAGAGUUGAUGGAGACGCAAGAGCGUCUCUCUGUCCGUCUUCAGGAAACGGAAUUACUUCUCGAGCAAGUAAGGACAAAAAGUUUGAAUGCUGAAUUUGAAGUUGGCGAUCGUGCGCAUUUCGGUCAGAAUCGACGCGAAAACAACGCGAAGAGUGUUGACCCUCCUCAAUCGGAAGCCAAGCUUCAGCAGCUGGAAGCGAAGUUAGAAACAAUGGAGGACAAUCAGGAGGAGCGACUGGAGCAACUCAGGGAGGUCACUUCUGAGCUAGAGCAGUCACGGGGAAGAAUCGAAGAACUGAUGCAUGAGAUGGAAACGUCGGGGGAACGAGAACGCGUUUUGAAAGAGAAGGUUUCUGCAUUGAGGGAGUUGUUUGAGGAGACUGGGCAGCAGUGGGUUCGAAGUCUCGCGAAGAGGGAUCCACCACCGAGAGUGAGCGCAGACGACAACGUUCCAUCUGAGAGAGACGCUAGAAUAAGUGAUGCAAAGUCGACUGAAGAUGCACAGGGAGACGACCGCUUCGUUGGAGUAGAACAAUCAGCCGGAGAAGGUGAGCCAUGA